CUAGUACUAGCCUUUCGAAGUCCUUGUACUCACGGCUGAACUUUCACAGACCUUUUCCCGAGGCGCAACAUUUGACCGAGACAGGCUGUGGAAGAGGAUCAAAACGCACAGGACGAGUUCAAUGGACGUCCUUUGCCCCAGACGAUCCUGAUCUCAAGAUUGCAAAUCCGUCAAAGCAUACCGUGCCGCAGGAAAGGAACUAAUCUUGCCUCUGUAUUGUCGAGGAGAAUAAGCUUUGCCUACUCGUGUUGAGGCUGAAAGCCAAAAGCUCGCUGGGAGUACGAGCAGGCAAUUCUGAAUAAUACUCCCCCCUCUCCUUCACGCCCGGACUCUCUUGGGGUAGGUCGGGAUGAGCAUGUACAGCAACACUUGCGCCGUCCUGCACGGACCUGGCGAUUUGCGCAUUGAAUCGCACGAUAUCACUCCUCCCCAAGCUGGCGAGGUACAGAUCCGAAUCGAACAGACCGGCUUGUGCGGUUCCGACCUGCACUACUAUCUGCAUGGGAGAAAUGGAGAUUUUGCACUUCGAGAGCCAAUGUGUCUGGGUCACGAGUCUGCCGGAGAGGUGGUCGCCAUUGGUCCUGCCUCCUCCUCCACUUCUUCCGAGCCGAGCGCAACAAGCACGCCAGCACCUUUGGGCGUACUCAAAGUGGGCGACAAAGUAGCCGUAGAAGCGGGUGUUCCUUGUCGACUGAUAGAGUGCGAAAGAUGCGCUGAAGGUAGGUACAACCUGUGUCCCAGGUUGCGAUUCGCAAGCUCCGCAAAAACCUUUCCUCAUCUACACGGAACUUUGCAAAGACUGAUCAACUGGCCAGCUUGGCUGGUGCACAAACUUCCGUCAACCUUGUCCACCACACAUGGCGCGCUCCUCGAACCGCUGAGCGUGGUCUUGCAAGCCUUAUCCCGCGUAUCAUUUCACCCAGGUCAGACAGUCCUGAUUAUGGGCGCAGGAGCAGUAGGUCAGCUAGCGUGCGCAGCUUCCAAAGUCCAAGGAGCGGCAUACGUCGCCGCCAUCGAUAUAGACUCUGACAGGUUGGAAUUUGCCAAGAAGAGCGAGUGGGCAGAUGCCAUCUUUACAUUGCCACGCGUGCCUAACGGGACCCAAUUUGCCAGCGAUGCAUCAGGCAUGGAUGAAGUGCAACGAAGAAGAGCGCAAAGAGCACAAGAAGAUCAAGAUGGCAUGUCCGCGGCCAAGGCACGAGCUGCAGAAGCUCUCCAGCAUUUCGAAAACGACGAGGCAAAAAUUCAGGCGGGCUUCGACGUGGUGCUGGAGUGUACGGGUGUUCCUUCUUGCGUUGCGCUGAGCAUAUUCAUGGCUAGACCAGGAGCCAAGGUUGGUCUGAUAGGCAUGGGCCAUCCAAUUCAGACCCUUCCGAUAGGUGCGGCAAGUCUGCGAGAGGUGGACCUGGUCGGCGUGUUUCGGUACGCGCAUCAAUACCCACGAGCCAUCGACCUCCUCUCUCGCUGGCAUUCCUCUGGCCUCUCAGUGGGAACAAGUGCGGAGGAUGGGCGCGCGGCGUCAGUCGUGCAGGCGGCAGGACUGGAGCGGCUGAUCAGUCAUACUUUUAGCCUCGAGGAUGCACAGCAGGCCUUCGAGACGCUCCGCAACGGAAAGAGCGCAGAUGGCAGGGGAGUCAUCAAGGUAUUCAUCGAGAAUGCAAGUCCGAAGUGAAAUCGAACAGAUCGAAGACGUGGCAAAAUGUAUAUCAUUCCAAGUUCUCAUCUGGACGCUGAGAUCGCGCCCCAAAAUAUACAAGUUCUCAUCUGGACGCUGAGAUCGCGCCCCAAAGUGCUGGAAAAGAAAGCGAUGCGUCUUCGCCACCCUGCAAAGACAAUAGGACCUCAUUGUUGUCUCGUCAACUCUCGUUCGAACGCCUCUGUAAA